AUGGCAGUGGUAUUAUCAGCGCCAACGCCGCACCCUCUUCCACGUCCCGGGUACAGCACGCCGCACGGCGGCAGCAGCAGCGGCUUUGGGUUUGUUGGCGAGCCAGCAGCGGACGUCGUCGCCGCCUCGAGCUUCUCGGCGGACGGCUCGGUGCUGCUCGCCGGCCAGCUGCUCCGUGCCACCGCGCUGCAGAGCGUGUCGCCGGAGGAGACGACGCACGGUGGUGCCUACGGCGUCACCGGCGGCGGGUCGUACGGCCCGUCGCCUUGGGACGUCACCGUUGCCCACGCGCCCAGGAUGGCCAAGCAGCUUAUUAUCGCUGGAGAGCCGGCGGAAGGCGGCUGGAUCCACGAGUCCUCGUACUACUGCCCGACGACGUGGUUCUCUGGCGACGCCUUCCGGGACCGGGACCCGUUCGCCGGGGCGGCGGCCGCGAGCGAGUUGUCGCUCAGGCUGCGCGCUGGGUCCUCCCCGACGGCAGGUGCUGUGAGCGUGAGCCUGCCGGACCAGUCCUCGGACGUGAGCUGCUCCGGCUUGACACAUGGGAGUAGCAGCGCCGGCGCCGGCCCCGGCCUGUUCCAGCCUCCUUGCGGCGCCGGAGCCGGACAGGUGGCUCGUCCGGGCUCCAUGCACUUCUCGCAGGUCCUGUCGCGGUGGUCCGGGUACGCUGACAUCGCGCAGCAGGCGCUGGACGAGUUCGUCGCCUGCCUGCUGCAAGACGUGGCCGGGUUCGCCGGCAGCCGGCGGCGGUGA